AUAGAGUUCAACACCAGUCCCACUCUCAAGCCCAACUUCCCUGCUAUCCUCAAUUAACCUUCACAGUUCAGACAUUGAUCAUAUCAACCAACCUGGAUUUCAUUCGGCUCCGUGCCUCCUCUUCGGCGCCGUUCCGCAUCUAUCAAUCCAACCAGCCAGGUAAGUGGAAUUGUUAGAACAAUGGAAGAUGCAGUCUCAUUGCUGGUCUCCUCUCCGUCUACAUUGAUCCCAAAGAAAAGGACUCUAGAGGAGUCUAAUCACGAAGAUACCAUUGCCGGAGUACAAAGUCAAUUUAUCACAAAGUCAAUUAAAACGGAUGGUGAAAACUAUCACAGCGGAGGUUUCUAUGGUCAUGUUUCUUUGUCGACUCUUUUCGAUGAUCCAGCAUUGAACGUAAGAUUACCUGGCACAAGGGAUUAUCCGCUUCAGGAUCUCAUGGAAGAAAAGAAUACUCUAUUAUAUGAAAGGAUUGUUUCUCUAAGCAAAAUGUCCCUUGAUUUUUACGAGAAAAAUCAUCCAGGGGAGCGGUAUGAGUUUGACAGUCUGAAGGAUGUGAAGAGUAAGCCUAUUCUUGGCAUAACAUAUUUCAUCAUCUUUUUGGCAAAAAACUUGGGGGUAGAUGGUCGUUCUUCAGGAACAUUUAAAGCCCGUGUAAACUGCCUUAUGAGCAGCAUCAAAGUGAAGGAGUGUGAGCUCAUUGACUAGCUUGGGUAUUGCUCUCUUUAAUUACAUAAUGUUUAUGGACAGUAUUGUUUGUGUUUUAAUGGUUACUAAUGGUAAAUAUAUUUAUGCCACUCUUUGUAGUGAUGAAAUGUGAGCUGUUAAACUGGCUUGGGUAUUGCUUUGUGCCUUUGGCUUCUAUUUAAUGAGUAUUGACAUAUACUGUUUAUGGAAAUUUAAUUAUGUUCCAAUAGUUGCUAAUGAUAAAACUGUUACUCUUGUAUAGCCUGUGAGUAUAAGUUGAUCACUUUUUCUAUUUGUUUUAAAAUUCUGUUUAUUUUCCC